AAAGAUGCAUGUGACGAAAGCCCACGGGCGAUGGCGCAUGGCCGCGUGGGACUCACCUGAUCGAUGGAAGGGCUGGUGUAAACCCACUGACACACCCAUCGCCCUCGAGUCACACCUCACUUCAUACUCACAUCUGACCGAGGGCGAGCAGGAGGCGCGGUUCGCUGCAGGAGUGGCAGAGCAGUUUGCCAUCGCGGAGGCAAAGCUUCGUGCCUGGUCUUCAGUGGAUGGUGACGAGUCUAAUGAUGAUUCUUAUGAUGAAGAUUUUCUACCUGCAAAUGAGCCUGUUACACAGAGCACAGAUCUGUCCACGUAUCCUCAUUACCUGCGGGAUCUCUUGCACACUCAGGUGUGUCAGGCUCACCUGCGGGGGCGUGGCCUGUGUGAGGCAGAGAGCGGCGUGGGUGCUGACCUUUCACCUCCCAUGGGGUCGCCGUUGGACACGCUCUGCUCCAGCACGUGCAGUUUGGACGAGAGACACCCGUUGCUUCGGGAUCUUGGGCGUCACACAGAUGCACCCUCCGCCGACCUCACCGCCAAGAUCCUCAGCGCUCUUCAGGGAGGGGAGGAGCUACUGUUAGCCCGCCUACACAGGGCGGGGCACAGGCGAGGCCACUCCCCCUGUUGCUUGGAAUUUUUUUCCGAGACAUUCGAAGACGAGGACAUGCCUUGUAAGGACUGUGGAGGCGGAGUCUGCCUCCCGCCGGAAUAUUCCACGCGCAGAAAGGAGUCCGACGUGGCUUCAUCCGGCGUCGUUUCGCUCGACGAGGGAGAAGAGCGAGAAGAACAGUGACGCCUCUCAGCCAUACGAGCAUGUUUAUUUCGGACUCUGUCCACUAAUUUGCAUUCGGACUCCGCCCAUUGAUUUGCAUUCGGACUCCGCCCAUUGAUUUGCAUUCGGACUCCGCCCACUGAUUUGCAUUUCGGACUCCGCUCACUUAUUUGCAUUUUGGGCGCCAGUUGCUCUCGUUUUAAUUCUGUGUUUGCGAAAACACUGAAACUUUCGUUCUCAGGCUAACGUAAAAAAAUGCAUCUUGACGAAUUAAACGGAGGAACGCAAGACUGACGUCGACCGCAUUAUCACGCAUGUGUCGCGAGUCCCGAACUGAACGUAAAGUCCUAAGUGUUUGGAUCUGGACUCCAGUCGUUUAGCACGGUUUGUGGAUUUGGCUGUUGUGUAACCCUGCUCCUCGUGUGACGUCAGGCCCCAUUGCAUUCUGGGUCUUGAUCACAUGACGCCUGUUCCCU